GUUGAAACCAUGUCUCUAGUGGGAAAGCUUGUGAGUGAAUUAGAGAUCAAAGCACCUGCUGAGAAAUUUUACAAAAUAUUCAAAGAUCAAUGCUUUCAUGUGCCCAACAUAACCCCAAAAUUCAUUCAGCAAGUUGAAAUUCAUGAUGCUGAAUGGGACGACCAUGACCAUGGCUCUAUCAAGACUUGGUAUUACACUAUUGAUGGUAAGGCUGAGCUUUUCAAAGAGCAGGUCGAAUUUCAUGAUGAUAAAUUUUUGAUAAUCUUGAUUGGAUUGGAAGGAGAUGUGUUCAACCAUUACAAAAGCUUUAAGCCAGCAUAUCAAGUUGUGCCCAAGGGUCCUAACCAUUGCUUGGCAGUUCUGACCAUAGAGUAUGAGAAACUUGAUGAUGGCUCUCCUUAUCCUUAUAAAUAUAUUGAUCUCAUGAAUGGCAUCACUAAGGACAUUGAAUCUCACCUUAAAUAA